AGUAGAGGUCAGUGUUACGGAUCAGAUGAGCUGAAAGUGAAUGGUGUUGUUUAACUUUAACACAACUGAUGUAAGACAAAACUGAAGACCAGCCUCCUCCCUAAACAUAAAACUGCCCAUCGUUAUCCAUGCUCAUUACACACUUUCCAUCUGCGGUAGAACAAUCUCAGAGCGGAGGCAGAGCUUCAGAGUGAAAUGAAGUUACAACGGAUCAAGGUUUCGAUACAGUAGAAACGGAUCAUCCUAAAUAUAUUGUCCUCGUUUACUUAACGACACAAUGUCAACAUCUGCAGAUCAGUUUGACGAGUCUGAUUGUGUUUGUUCCUUUGGGAUGAAACUUACCUGGGAUAUCAACGACCCAGAAUUGCCACAGGACAUCCAACAAUAUGACGAUUUUCAAGAAUGGACAGAUGGGUAUGUACGGUACAUCUACAGCGCGGAGGAUAAGAAUGCGCAGAGGCAUCUAAGCGGAUGGGCCAUGCGAAACACCAAUAAUCACAACUGCCAGAUCCUCAAGAAGUCCUGUCUUGGAGUGGUCGUCUGCAACAGGAACUGUUCGUUACCUGAUGGCAACAAACUUCAGCUCAGGCCAGCGAUUUGUGACAAAGCACGGCAGAAACAGCAAAAAAAACUGUGCCCCAGCUGUAAUUCACCGUUAGAGCUUGUGCCUUGUCGGGGACACAGUGGCUACCCAGUGACUAACUUUUGGAGAAUAGAUGGCAAAUACAUAUAUUUCCAGGCUAAAGGGGUCCAUGACCACCCUCGACCAGAAAGCAAAUCAGAGACAGAGGCUAGAAGGAGUGCUGUUAAAAGAAGAAUGCCAUCUCCUCAUUUCUCCCAGAAGAAGAGAUUAAUGGAAACAGAGGCGGGUAGAUACUAUGACAGUGGUGGCCAUUACCCCAAUGUCCAUCAUUUAUCCUGCAUGGAUGCCCCGGAGAGGUACAGCAUCAUUGCAGAAUCCAAUUUUCCAAUACAGCCCCAGCACUAUCCUCCUUUUCAAAACACAGAGCCCUACAAACUUGCCUAUGACUCACCAAGCAAUGCAGGGGAGUCCACAUCCUCACUCCAGAAGGCUUCCAACCACAGAAUCUACAUGACACGACCACCAUGUGGCUAUGAGUUUAGCAUGCCUGGCUACCUAGGGUCUGGUUCGUACCCAGCUCUUUAUAAAGACUCCGGCAAUCUACAGCCCGAGCCCGAUUCAAGCAAAGUGUGUAUGCAGCUCGGUGGAUCUCAACAUAACCUGAGCCCAUUGAACAUUCAUGAAAGGAACUAUGAUAUCCCGAACAAGCACCACGGAUGGAAGCAGAUCUUGGGCAAAGGUGGAUAUGGUGAAAGGGGUGAAUAUGGACAAAUCCCAGCAAAUACUAAUCACCAUUACUAUAAUGGGGAAUACCCUUGUAGAUAUGGUGGUCCUGCCCCGGCUAAUACCCCAGCUUUACAGACAAUUAUAACUACUACCACCAAGGUGUCUUACCAGCCUUGCAAACCAUCAGUGGUCAAGUACAAUGAUAACCUUUGUGAUGUUAAAAACCUUCAGAACUGUAACUCUUUGUUGGAAAACGGAUCUGCAACAUCAUAUCCAGAAAUAAAGGUCCCAGAAGAUACUGGAGUAAUCAAAUCAGCUUUAGCAUAUCAACCAGAAACACUGUCUACUAAAACAGAAAGAGCAGAGAGUUUGGAGAACUACAGAUAUGGAAACUAUUCAUCCAGCAAUUACCCUGAACGCAUAGCACAUCCGUUUAGAUAUGAAAAUGGGGAAUACUGAAAAAAAAUAUUUAAAUGAAAAAAGUCAGGUUCUUUGUUGGGUCUAUGCUUAAUAAACCUUAAACCUUAAACACAUGUACUGUUUAGGAAACAAUCCUGAAGACAAAUGUUGUUAUGGUCUGCUCUUAUCAACUGUUGUAAAAAUGUGAGAAGUUAUUUAUAUACAGUCGGUGUGUGUAUUUUAUUGUGUAACAAACUGUAUGCAGAAAUACAGGCAUGUUUUAGGUUUGACUUACAAAGCACUUGUUCCCUUAAUCGUUUAUGGGAAUUCAACAGUUAUGGUUUGUUCGAAGACCCUACUAAGCUCAAAUUUUGAACUAAUGUUGUCUAAGACCACCUUAAUAAGGUCAUCAAGAUUUGUACUAAUCAGGGUUUGUGACACCAGCAGCAAAUGUUACCCUAGGUAACGCAGUCCAAGAAUACAAUGGUUCUGAUUAGGGUUUGGGAAACCAGCCGGGAAAGUGCUGCCAUGAAAAUAAGUGUACUAAAGCAAACUGCAGCUUUUUUUAUAAAGUGUUUUCUUAAUUAUUAUUAUUUAAUACUUUGUUAUAUUUGCAUAAUUUGUCUUUAAAAUAAGCCACAAAAAAGGGAAAUUAAAGUAUGUCCAACUAAUACAUAUUCCCUGUUAUAUCACUUUAAAUUAUCAUUACUGUUGCAAUCUCUUGUAAUCUUCAAGAUGUAGAUAAAUGUUUAAUAAUGCUUAUUAAAAUGGUAUCUUAUAUUUAUA